CACCGCCCUCCACUGGGCAAGCAAAGCAGAAGGGUGAGACGAGGCUACCAGCUACCGGUAGCAGCAUGCUUUCCUUUGUUGCGCCCGGGACGCUGCCGUCCAUACCAGCCUCGCACGCCCCACAUCCGCACCAGCAUUCGUCAGUGGCGUGGGUGGGUUGCGCGUUUUGCGUGACUGGAACGAGAAGCACCGGCAGCAGCAGUACCCGCCGUCAAAGCCGAAGCCGUCCUCGUAGUUGCUCACCUCUGGUAUUAGGAAGUGAUGGCGGCAGCAGAGCCUGCGGAGGUGACGUCGGUUUGAUCGCUGCAACGGCAAGCCGCUGGGGGGCCGAUGGCGACGAGCUCGAUGGUGGCAAUGAUGGCAAGGACCGCAGGCGACGGGCGGAACGGAGGAAGCCAUUGCGGGCGCCUUGGGAAGACAUUCAGUGGAGUAAUCCAAGCAAUCCAAGCAGCAGGAGAGCAGCCCGAGGUGGUGAGAGGGUUGCAUGGAAAGACGUUGACGAUGAGGAGGAAGAGGAAGAGAUGCUAGGGCUAGAAGAUGGGUCAAGGAGCAUGGUACAGCCCAGGGGAUACACACGGAGUUACGAUGACGCCGACGUUGACACCCGACCGCGGCGUCGAAGAUCGAGAGACGACAUCGACGCCGAGCCCGUCCCGACGGGCUGGGACACGGCGCAAUGGUUCACUGGGGCGCAGGAGGCAAAUCAGGGUGGGCUUUAUGAGUGGGCGAGAAGUUUUUACAACACCCUCUUCUGGUACGGAGGAGCGUCGUCCGAGGGAGAGGAUGAACUGCCCGCGAUGAACUUCCAGGACCUGUUGGAGCGCUUCGACUUGCCUGCGGGCGAACAGUCGUCGGCAAGACCGCGGCCAAUCGUUCCGCCCGAGGACCUUGCCGCAGAGCAAGACUUUCGUUGGCGACCAAGUGGCCGAGAGGCCACCGGCGGGGCCACCGCCACCGCUGAGAGCACGAACUGGAGCCGCGCGAAAGGUAGAGGCUCCACUGCGAGCGGCGGUGCUACGGGGAGCAGCAGAAGGCGGGCUAGACGUGAGCGGGACGAGCGCGAUCUAGACUGGGAAAGCGUCGGGCGAGCGGAGCGGGAGAUGCAUGCAGCGGGUGGCAGAGGGAGAAGGGAGGGUGGAGACGACGGAGAUGUGGUUGCAAUAGGACAGCUACGACGAAAACAGAGGCAGUUGGCGGAGAGGGAACACAAGUGCGAGGUGGACCUCGAAAAGGUUCGGGAUCGCCUUGAUGUGGUGGAUGCUACGGUGGAGCUGUGGAUGCGCCGAUCGGCGGGCAUGUUGUCGCGCGGGGGCUCCGAGACUGACACGGAUGUGCUGCAGGCGAAAAGACGAAUCUACGGCCUAAAAGAGGAGGGGCGACAGUUGGAUAGUGCCACCGUCGAGCUGGAGGGCCGUCUCGAGGACUGCCGUGCCAAGCUCGACAGGAUCGUCCAGGAACUUGAAUUCCUUGGGGAGGCCGCAAUGCCUCGAGCGUUUUACACGCCAGGCGAAGGAGAUGAUGAAAUUGUGGCCAAGGCUGAGACUGUGGAAGCCGGCAUUCAGGCGGGAGGAGGGGGGGUUAAAGGGGACGUUAACCCCAGCAUGACCACGCCAUCCGGCGACGACACUAAGGUCGUGGAGAUUGGCGGGCUUGGUUUGAAUGCGGAAAGCAAGCGGCCUACGGAAGCCGUGCCGGCAGUAACAGAAGCAGAUACUUGAGGCGCAGGCCGUCGUUUUCGGCGGCAUUGCUAUACGGGCUACCGGGAGAUUGCUUUUGACAAGUUAAGCAUCAGUUGGUUCCUCGUGUUACAAAAUCAACGGCACACGCCUUCUUGCCUCCGAGAGAGUGCCGGGCGAUGAAGUCGCAGGUAUUUUCUAUCCAGGACAAUAUUUCAGGCGCGCGUAUGUAUUCAGCGUCGGGUCUGGACAAUCGUGUACCAGUCUGUCCGGGGAUAUAGUACCGAUUUGGACAUCCGGCAACAUAACUUUUGCUGCAGACCGAAAUUUCCGAAACGUUUUUUUUGCUGCGCAAAACUCUUUUCAGCGCAGACGCCAGAAAAGCACUUUUCAAAAAAUCAGACCACACACCCCUGUUCACCUGCCGCCAUGUCGAGCCAAACUGAGCUCUUUGGCGGGAAUCGCCGGUCGGAGGACUUAUCAGCGGACCCACCAACAUAUCUGCUGCGGAAAGCGCUGCCAGCAGACCAAAACGCAAGAAUUUGACAACUUCGGAGAAAAAAGGCAUGGUUGCCGAGCUGCUCAAGGGCAGCAACAACGGGGUUUUGAGCCAUGGCCAUGGUGACGUCAAGAGGGUGGCGGCGAUCUACAUCCCGGGGAUGACAUUCCAGCAUCCCCGGUUAGCCCAUGACAUUUUUUUUUUGGGGGGGGGGGGCUUCGUACGUCAUGCAAUGACCGUGGACGGCGAUAGAGCGAUUUCGAUCACCAAAAUAGCCCUCUGCGCUUCAAUAGUCCAAACCGGAACUAUAUUGCCGGAUGUCCAAAUCGGUA